UCUACAUUUGAAACUGUGUAUGGAGUCAGCCAUACAGUCAUAAUGUCUUGCCGCUGUUAAAUAUUCCUGGGAACGGCUUUCUGUAGAAAUACGAAGUGGGUCAAAAAAAGCCAUCUCACUUGUACUGGAGACAAAUUUCUGGCAACACUUGGUUAUUGAUGGAGGCGGACUAGAUGCAAAGAGGCUCGUACAUUUUUUUGGCAACGGAAUCUUUGAUCGUACAAUUUUUCUAAUCCGUUGUUCUUGAUUAAUAAAGAACUUGUGUUGAACUUCACUUGUUAUUAGUAACUUGACUAAAUGUUUCACGGUGAUCCGUCUUGACCAGUGUCGUGAAGAAUUAGGACGGCUGAACUAAAAACUGACUAAAGCGUCAGGCAUUCUGCGAUAAUGUAGGAGCACGCACAACCAUGGGCUUGAUCAAACACAUAAUGCUGCCACUGUACCGCCGGGCAAGAUCCUUGGCAGAAGAAUUUGAGUUAACUGGCUGGCAAGGUGGCAUCAUCCUUCUGAGCUUGUACCUGGCGUUUGGUUAUGGUGCCCAACUCAUCUGUAAUGUGAUUGGUUUUGUGUACCCAGCCUACUGCAGCAUCAAGGCUCUGGAGUCGCUCAAGAAGGAGGAUGACACCCGUUGGUUGACCUACUGGGUUGUGUUUGCCUUGUUCUCAGUGUGCGAGUUCUUCUCCGAUCUGCUGCUCUCAUGGUUCCCCUUCUACUGGCUGGCCAAGUGCAUGUUCCUGGUGUGGUGCUUCCUCCCAGUGUCUUGGAAUGGUUCGGACCUGAUCUACCAUCGUGUGGUUCGUCCAGUCUUCAUCAAACACGAACGGGAAAUUGACAGUGCCAUGUCAAAGGUUCAGGAUAAGAUCAGUGAGCUGGCCGACACUGCCACCAAGGUUGCUGCCGAUGCAGUGAAGAAGGAUUAAGACUUUCAAGACAACUCGAUGAAUAAUGCUGUUACGUGGUGGAUGGGUGAUGGCAACUCUCAAAUUAAAUUCUACAGAUAUGUGAAUAAUGCAAUAUUUAUAGUUGCGGAUGUAUAUAUUAUUUGUCUAGCUUGCCAGCUUUUUCACGGAUGUAUGUCUUUGUAAUACAGAAUUUUUGCAACGGUGUAGUCUAGUCAGGUUAAGUCACAUUCAAUAGAGAGGAAAAAUGUUAUCCGUUUUCCAUGAUUUAGUUUAUAGUUUUGUUGUGAUUAGUUCAGUUUGUGGUGAAGGUGAAUGUUGGGAGCCAUGCCCAGCCUCCUUGCACAAGUAUUGUUUAUGACCAAAGGUUUGUUUAUAAAGGUAAAGUGAUGCGUCACGUUGCCAGUGUUGGGCAGUAGCCCACACAUUAAUAGUGUUCCAUUACUGGAUUCUUUUUUUGCCUGAUAAAUAGUGAGGUUGAAUAAUGGAUGAGAGUGGUAAGGAAGGCGGCUCGCGGUGCUCGCUACCCAACACAACACUGCACGAGCUGCCCUGCUGGCUUACGUAGGGGUUCUAGACCUCUCUUGAUACUACUAUACUACCACAACUUUAUUAAAAAGUUCACUUUAAAACUCUACAUGUAACCAUGUAAUUGUAAGAUGCAGCAUAAUGUUUUGUUAAAUAGCCAUGAAAGGUAUUACUUUUUAUUAUAACCAAGUUAAUAAAAAUUAAGUGUAA